AGACGGCACGGACGCAUCCUGUCGGGCGAUAUGACCCUAGGCUCCGGAAGUUUCGACGUGACCGCUGUGCUUCCGGUGGUUGAGAGCUUCCGAUUUGCCCAGGAGAUCCGCAAACAGACCAGCGGAUUAGCUAGUCCUCAGCUUAUGUUCAGUCAUUGGGAAAUUAUAGAUAUUGACCCUUACUGGGUCCCUUCGACGGAGGAGGAGUACCUUCAUUUUGGCGAAAAAGCCGACAGCGCAAAUAGAGCAAGAACUUACAUGGACGCUGUUCGCAGGAGGAAAGGGCUGGCAGUCGAAGAAAAAUUGGUAGAGUUUGCUGAAAAACAACGAACACUAUCCAAGAAGAAGUAGUUAUUGUCUAACUUAAAUUAUAACGUUAUUGAUUAUUAUUUUAUUACUCGUAAUCAUUGCCUUAUUGGAUUGUAAGUGUGUACCUUGUAAUAUUCUAUUUCAUAACUUCAUAAUAUCAGUUUAGUUUC